AUGUCUUCAUACGAAAAGCCCACUUUCUUCGACAUGGACGCCGACACUCUCAAGAUGUACAUGCAGAUCUUGCCCAAGCUGCCUCUGGUGGCACGCGUGGCUCUGCUGCAUGUACUACAAAUGUCGCCGCCGAGCAAAUAUGUCGACCUGAGGACCGAGUUGACAGUAGCCGUUAUCCGGUCCUUCCUCACUCCCUCAAAACCCACCACCAUAUCCUCAACCCAGAAGCUCCUCAACAAGGACCCCGGCGUCAAGGGCCGUAUCUGGGUGGCCAAGUACACAGCACCCAGCCCUAAGGAGACCAGUCUGCGCGAUGUUGUCGUUCGUGCCGUGGAGAACAUGCGCCAGCCCAGCAGCAACGGCAGUCCUCCGCCGCCACUGAAGGAUAUUGAGUGGCCCGAGACUGUCCCCGUCGAGGCUGAGUGGCAAGGCUACCGAGCAGGUGCUACUACCCAAUCAAGGCUACCUCCCAUCACUGAGGCCGAAAAGUACACGGAGAUGAUGAAGGAGGUCAAAAGCACGGCGACUAUUCUGUACUUUCACGGCGGAGCCUAUUACCUGAUGGACCCGGCAACCCACCGACCAGGGACAAAGAAGCUCGCCAAAAUGACUGGCGGACGUUGCUACUCGGUGCGGUACAGGCUGGCUCCACAACAUCCUUUCCCGGCAGCACUCAUCGACGCGCUGCAGUCGUACCUGACUUUACUGUACCCGCCGUUGGGGGCUUUCCAUGAGGCCGUCAAGCCCGAGCAUGUGGUCUUUUCAGGCGACAGUGCUGGAGGUAACCUAUGCAUGGCCCUCGCGCAGCUCCUGCUCGAGUUCCAGAGGACCAAUACGAAGAUCCAAUGGUUUGGCCAGGAGGUCACUCCCCACCUCCCGGGAGGCCUAGCCCUCAGCUCCCCGUGGCUGGAUCUCACCCAUUCCUCACCAUCCUGCAAAAACAACGCCCCUUUCGACUAUCUCCCAAUGCUCCAGGGCCUCGAGAAGAUGGAGCGACCUUCCUGUCCUGCGUGGCCCGCAAAACCGCCCCGGAAGAUGCUGUACUGCGCGGACGCCUUCAUCGCACACCCGCUGGCGACCCUCAUCACCGCCAAGAGCUGGGAGGGCUGUCCGCCAGUGUACAUGUCCUGCGGUUGGGAGCUUCUGGCUGACGAGGACAAGUACAUGGCCGUCAAGCUGCACUCGGACAAGGUGCCCGUCGUGUUCGAGGAGUUCGAGGCCAUGCCCCACUGCUUCCCCAUGGUCUUCAUGGACAGCCCGGUGUCGAAGAGGUGCUUCGAUGCCUGGACCGGCUUCAUCAAGGACGUGGUGGAGCACGGACCCGCGAGCGUCGAGACUGGCUUCAGGACGCUCAAGGCCAAGACGCUCAAGGAGGCCGACAUUGACCCCGCCAAGCUGAGCCCCUACACCGAGGCGGAGCUGCGCGAGAGGUUGAGAAACCUAGGCAAGGAGAGGGCACCGGAAAAGGCACCUGCAGACGUUGCUGCGAAGCUCUGA